AUGUCAGCCGAAAAAAUUAAGAUAGGCACAGCUAGAGAUGAGAAAAAGGCCUUUGAGUGGUUUUUGAAAUCAGCUGAAAACGGUUAUUACAAAGGACAGUUUGAAGUUGGAUUGUGUUAUGGAAAUGGUAUUGGGACACCAUCUAAUUGUGAAAAAGUUAAUGAAUGGCUGCAAAAAAUGAAAAGUAAUAGAGAUCAAAAAUAA